UGGGAUAUCAAGCAGGGGAGACCAUUAAAAAUGGCCUCAAAUUCAGUCUCGUUUGUGGCUAAUCCGCAAACUCCUAACAAAUACAAAUACGCUUCGAAUGAGUUGUCCACCGUGUCUUCCGCUUCGUCUUUGCUCUCAGCGGGUUCACGGAUGAUUAACCAGAAUACGGACUUAGCACGCCUUGGCUCUUUGCCCUUCCGUUCUGGAAAUUCUAGGGGCCAUACGCAAAAUGAUAAUUUCUUUAGGAGGCGCGCCUCGAGGACCUCUAACGCGGAAGACGACGAUACCUACAACAUUAGCGAUGUGGGACAAGAGGGUGUGGACCCUCAACACCGCGAGAGUUUUUCUUCCGGCGGUCUGGAUUCGUCUAGUGAAUGGAUCCUAUUUUCUCCGGGCCCUUCAGAAACGGGAAAGCCCGCAGAGGACCCUUAUUACGAUGACGUUUUGAGCACUUCUUUAGAGAAGAUCUCUACACAGAACGAUGCCAACGACGAAAGUUUCGUUGAUGUACAGGAUGAAGGGGACGAUGAUGACUCUUUGAUUGAAGAUCUCGAGGAACAUAUUAAUUUUGACAUACCUUAUAGAAAAGAGGAUCUUAACUCUCGAAUCGACAACUGGCGGAAACAGCAGGUUUCCAUCCUUCUCAAGGACCUUGCUGGAGACCAGAGUGAGCUGGAUGAUGACACAAUUGAGCUCAUCAAGGCCUGGGGGAUUGAUGACACUGGAUCCGGAGAUAUUUACCGGAACAUAUGGCUACAGCAAAGACCUGUUAUGGAUACGCAUUAUGGUGACGCUGUAUUGAAGAGCUACUCAAAGGAAGAACUCAAGGUACUCAAGCAAAUAUUGAUCAAGCUUUCUGGCUCUUUGAGGAGAACAGUGAAGUCCAGAUAUGUCAAACCACAGUCUAGCCAGGCACCAACGAGAACAACCUCGAUGGCGACAAUCACCGAAGCUUACAUGAAUACAGCGAAGAAUCGAGACCCAGAUCAGUUCCUGAACAACAAAAGCCUUCAGAAAUACAUACCCUAUUUUCUGAAGAAGCUCAUCAUCACUUCAGACUUGCUGCCACAAUUUGAGCGCUUUGACGACGAUGAUGUAACAGAAGACGAGGGAGCGAAAACAAACAUAGAGGAUGGACCGAUGGCCCCCUAUGUUGCGUCUCGCAAAGAAAGUAUAAUAUCCAAUUUUUCUGACGGGGUGAGAAUACGAGCAAGUGAUGGUGGACGCAGGAGAAGCAAAGGGCUUGUCAAGCGCAACAGCAGCGAUAAUUUUUGGGACACAUCUGACCUAAAGAGUGUCAAUUCCAGUAUAUUGACAUACUCUACAGGCAGCAUUGUUGGGUUUUAGUUAAUAGGUAAAACACAUAUUUGGUUAAAUAACGCACCGCUCACACAACUUUCAUAUUAAAUUUCGCUAAUUUGUAGCGGGCAAGUAUAAAGAGUAAAGUAGCGGCGCACGAACCUGCUCCUGCAAAACCAACCAUACCGUUGUACCCAGCAGCAGUAUUUGUGAUUGCGAUACCAAUAGGAAUGCAGAUCAGGUUACCGAAACUGACAAAGAAAUAUGCGGUGCCGUAUCUUUUUCCGAAAUCUCUAGGGUUUGAGAUUUGGGACGUGCAAAGUGGAGUCAAUGAAAGCGUUCCUGCAGUUGCAAAGCCGUAUAUGAUACAGAAAAUGAAAAAUAAGGGCUUGAUAUGACCAAAAGGUAGCCAGAAAACCAGAAUUGAAAGCGCUUGGAUGGCGGAUACCGCAACCAUUAAAUUGAACUUCCCGUAGAUAUCUGAAAGAUGCGAUGGAAGGUACCUUCCAAAAACACCAGCAGCAUUGACCACUGUCAGUGCGAUCAGUGACAACGACUCAGAAUAACCGUUAUUUAGGGCGUACGAUGGAAUGUAUGUGAAGCACAAGAUUAGUGAGAACUCGUUCAUGAAAAGGCCUGCGACAAGGAGUAGAUAAACAGGAUCCUUCAGAGUCUUGAAAUCAAUGCUCUGUUUCACUUUAUCCCAAACCUGUGAAGCGCUAUGAUUUUUGGAGUCCCCAUCGAUUUCGUCGAGACGGUCAUCGAUUAACAGGCAACUCACAGUCAGUAGUCCAAUAAAUAUAAAGGAUAGCACUCUCAUAGUCCAUGUGAAACCAAUUUUGGGAUAGAGGUUAUUGCAGACCAGAGGCCACACGACCCCUCCUAUGCUGGCUCCGGGCAUGGCAAUGCCCAAAGCCAGUCCUCUUUUCUUGCGGAAGAAGUGAGCGAUGCAGCUCACCAUCGGCGCCAUAAGCAAUGCACAGCCCACUCCACAGCAAACUCCAAACGACAGGAUAAAUUGCCAAACUUGUGUGCAGUUGGCCGUUGCCAGGAGACCGGCACAGACUAGCAGGGCACCUGGAAUGGCUACUUUUUUCGCUCCAAAAGUAUCAAACAGCGCACCAGAAACAAGAUUGCAGCCAAACGUCAGGAAUGUGUAAAUAGCAAAGAUCCAAGAUAUAGUGGUUGUUGGAGUCGUUUUGAGUGUAUUUUUUUCAAGAUACGACUCGAUCGCACCUGUGGAGUUCAUCAGACCAAACGAGCAGAUCAGCCCCACUAAGGAGGCAAACACGGCCGAGUAGGCCUUAAAUCCUCCGUCUGGAUAGUAAAUAUUUUCAUUGGAGUCUUGAUGCGAUAACUCGUGGGAAUUUUCCUGGGUAUUCUCCUCAAAUGAUUUAUUGCCUAAAUUUGGGUUCCGGGAUUGGAAUGCUGACGAAGACCCAAUUGGCCGUUCUUCAAGCACCGAGAGCUCGCCAUCAAGAUGCACAAGCUCUACUGACUCUUUU